UUACACCUCAUAUGGCAAAUCCCCUGUUCUGAAUGGAUCUCUGGCGGCCGUUGCCCAUCGUUGAGUCAUGCAAUCUCUCCGGAAACGCCUGAUACCGGCGAGAAAAAUAUUCCGGCGACGCUAAGGAGUCUGUCACCCGCCUUGACGGACGUGAAAAAGGAGAACGUCGAGGAGAAGUAUCUCAGAAGUGCUCAGUUUGUAGUUGAAAGGAAAAUUCAGAGGGAUAAUGAACAUCCUUGGGUCCAAAAUGCGAAGAAGGCUUUGGAUGUUUAUUUUGGAGAUGUUGUCAGGUUAAGUCUGAGGCAGUUCUCACUAAUGAACAGAUUAAAAAGGAAGGCUCUCAGGGUUAGUUUAUGAUUAUAUGUUUGUUAUAUUUUCUGAAAUUACACAUUAUGGCAAUAUGGCUUAGCAAGUUUUGUAGGUAUAGUUAUUUUCUUGAUGAGGUCACUGCUAAUAUCUUAUCUACUGAAGUUGUCCAAGGCAUCAAAGAGCUAUUAGAUGUUGAUAACAUGGUGAUAUUUUCAACUGAAAAUUUACUCGGUACUGAUGAUUCGUCUCGUUUGUGUGAGUUACCGAGUCAAUAUUGUGACAUAGUCAUUAUGGUGAAAAGGCGUUCCAAUUGAUAGGUGGUUUACAAGGUGUUGAUUUAGUACAACUAGUGCUGUUAAAUAAACGAGUCUGGCUCGGCUCAGCUCAUUAAGGCUUGCAAAGAGAAUAUUUAUAUAAUUUUUUAUAGUUCCGUUCGUUAAAGCUCGAGAUCGGCUCGAGCUGAGCUUGAGCUCGAUUUUUGGCUCGUUUAUUUAAUGAGCUGAGCUCGAGCUCGAGCUCGUCUCGUUUACAGGCCUAAGUACAGCACAUAGCAUUGUGGUCCCUAAGUAUGCCGUGUUAGUUCCUAUUCUCGUCUCUAUCAAAAUCUAAAUGGUAACAGGUGAAGAAUAAGAUAUCUGGUAAUCUAAUGAAUAUCUGUGUCGAAUGAACUAGCUCUUGAAUGCAUAUUCGGUUUCUGAGCAGUAUCAUGAGAUUGCUUCAUGAUUGUACUGGAAAAUACAAAAUUUUAUUCACUUAUAAAUUAGUUAAAAUACCUUAUAGUAAGUAUGCUUCCACUUGCAUUCGACACUUGCUCAAUAAUAAUGGAACACACAAAUAGAAAAACGAACAUUUCAAGCUACAUCUUUUAUUCUUUGUUUCUGUUGCAUUAUUUCAAUCAUAUCCGUUUUGCUAUGCAAUUUGUUCCUUUGCUUUUGUAAAGCCAUCAUUUCACCUCAUAAGUAUCUAAAUUGGUUUUUGUGACAACCGCUAGCUAGCUGACAGCAUUGCUUGUGGCUAUGAGUUAUCUUGUAGGGAAAAUGAAGUGAUUAAAAUACUUUUCCUAGCUCGACUAUGUGUUUGGAUGAGCCCACCAUCUUAUCUAAACUGCAUAUUUUUCUCCCACCAUCUUUUGCUUUGUCCAUGCACGUGAUGCAUAAUCCUUUAUUAAUGUAUUUCAUUUUUUUAUUUUCUGAAAAAAAUGUUGUUAUCGUGUCUCAUUUGGAUUGAUCACAUCGUUCGUAUGUUUCUAUUAUCACUAAUAUACGAUUGACCUGUUUUGAGGUACUUUGAGUUGAGAAGCUUUUGAAAUGGCUGAUGCCUGAUGAUGGUUUUUUCGAGUUUCACUCAGAGAGUUUCCUUUUCUUUGUUAUGCUCACAUCACAAUUCAAAUGAGACAGUUGCUUAUGUGAAUUGUUGCAGAAGGACCUUGUAUCCGUUUUGAAAUAUUGAACAAAAUAGUUUUUAUUUCAUAUGCAUAUUUUAUAUUUUCUCAUACUGUCUUGUAUAGAAGAAAUGUACACGGACAAAUUUCUUGGCAAAUUAUGGUGACAAGUCGAACUUGUGUUAUUUUCUUUGAAAGAGCUAAUCUCAAGAGUGAAGGGCUGAAAGUGGGCCCCGUAGAUAGUUUAGGUAUGUUGUAUAAAAGUAUGUCGGCCUGUCGUUGUGGAAUAGAGGUAGGUUUUGAGAAAUUCAAUUAGCCCACAAACACAUUUAAACAACGUGCGUAUUGAUUUCUUUUCCUUUUGUGUAACUAUUAAGAAGUCGGCAAUCGAGCCCCAUCUAUUUAAG